GCUUGGAGGCCGCAAAGUUUUGUUUUUGGAUACUGAAAAUUGAAACUACCGAGCAACGAAAAUAUGCCAGGAUUUGUGACUUGUGGUCCAAACGAAGCGUUAGUUGUUUCGGGAUGCUGCCUUGCCACUCCCACAAUCGUUCCUGGCGGUCGAGUUUUUGUCUGGCCCCUUAUUCAACGAGCACAAAAAUUAACUCUAAAUACUAUGACUUUAACUAUCGAAAGUCCAAAAGUUUAUACCCAGCAAGGAGUACCUAUAUCUGUGACUGGCAUAGCUCAGGUUAAAAUACAAGGGCAGAAUAUGGAAAUGUUGAGAUCUGCUUGUGAACAAUUCUUAGGAAAAACUACUAAGCAGAUCAUGAAUAUUGCAAAGGAAACUUUAGAAGGCCAUCAAAGAGCCAUUAUGUGUACUAUGUCUGUAGAGGAAAUUUAUAAAGACAGAAAGAAAUUUUCCAAGCAAGUUUUUGAAGUUGCUUCUUCUGAUUUAAUUAAUAUGGGUAUCACUGUAGUUUCUUAUACUAUUAAAGAUAUCAAUGAUGAUCAGGGGUAUUUGAAAUCUCUUGGUAUGGCUAGAACAGCCCAAGUGAAAAGAGAUGCUCGUAUUGGAGAAGCUGAAGCAAGAAGAGACUCGCAAAUAAAAGAAGCAUUAGCAGAAGAGGAACGAAUGGCUGCAAGAUAUGUGAAUGAUACAGAAAUUGCUAAAGCACAAAGAGAUUUUGAACUGAAGAAAGCUGCAUAUGAUAUGGAAGUUAACACUAAAAAAGCUGAAUCUGAUUUGGCUUUCAAUCUUCAAGCUGCUAAAACCCGCCAAAAGAUCAAAGAAGAACAAAUGCAGGUAAAAGUCAUUGAAAGAGCACAAGAAAUUCAGGUUCAAGAACAGGAAAUUUUACGGAAAGAAAAAGAACUUGAAGCAACUGUUCGAAGACCAGCUGAAGCUGAAAAAUAUCGCUUAGAAAAACUUGCUGAAGCUAAUAGAAAUCGAGUUAUAAUGGAAGCAGAAGCAGAAGCUGAGGCUAUCAGACUAAGAGGUGAAGCAGAAGCAUUUGCUGUAGAAGCAAAAGCAAAGGCCGAAGCAGAGCAAAUGGCCAAAAAAGCAGAUGCUUUUAAGGAAUAUAGAGAAGCUGCAAUGGUGGACAUGGUUCUUGAUACUUUACCAAAGAUUGCUGCUGAAGUAGCUGCUCCUUUGACCCAAUGUAACCGUGUUGUGAUGGUAUCUGAUGGGAAACAUGAUGUUGGGGCUGGCAGAUUGACUGGUGAAGUUCUUGAUAUCAUUGCACAAGUACCUCAUGUUGUAACUAAGCUGACAGGUGUUAAUAUUACCAAUUCAUUGAAAAUUGCUCAAGCUACCAUGUAAGGACUUCAUCAGUAAGGCAAACAUGGAGUGUAGAAUGCUAUUUCUGUCCAGUACAAUCAAACAUUAUUCCAAUUUGAAUUUUUCCCCCAUGAUUCUUCAAUUAUUUAUAUGUUAUGUUUUUACUUUUUUUGUGUGUCUUUUUGAUUUCAUUGAAAAAGUGUUUUCCUAUGUAUGCACCAUAUUUACUAAAUCUUAGUACAUGUCAGUGCAUGAUACUAUAUUAUUAAUAAAUGUAGUUAUUACCUUUUAAAUAACAAUGUAGAAAAACAUUUAACCAUUUUUUUUUCUAUAUCUGACCUGCUUCUUCAUUUAUAAUAAACUCUCAUUUAACACUUUUUU